GCUGGUGGGGGAUCUGGGCAUGCUGGGCGUCAUGCUGCACCAGCAGCCCAUGAUGCCCAUCACCUUCUAUUCCUCCCCGCCUGGCGUCAGCAAGAGCAUGAGCCAAGAGCUUAUGGAGGAGGAGAUCACAGCCUUCACGCUGGGCAUGGCACUGCACGACCCCAGCACGCCCGAGUGGACCAUCUACAUGCCCAUGGCCAAGUCCCUCGUCCGCGCCAUGGAUGCCACCCAGCUCGCCGCUCGAGAGCUGCUGCCGCACGUGCCGUGGACCAUCUACAUGCCCAUGGCCAAGUCCCUCGUCCUCGCCCCCGAUGCCACCCAGCUCGCUGCCAGGGAGCUGCUGCGGCACGUGCCCGUGAGUACUGCUGCUGCUGCUGUUGCUGCCUCAGUGGUGUUGCUUGCCUUGCAAGGUGGAGGGCUUUCAUGCCCCCACUCUCUCCCUCUCUCCCUCUUCAAACCCAGCUGGCCUCAACCACCCGAUCUUUGCUCCUUACCUCCCGCCACCCACUCUGCCCCUCUCUCUCUUCUCUCCCCACAGCGAGUGGUGGCGUUCAUAUCGUACGGCUACGAUCUCAUCAACUUUCAGCCCAACAUGCAGCACCUGCUGGACUCCUUGGGUGCUGUUCCCAUCCUGGGGCGGUUCUACGUGGAUUACAACCUCACUCGCUUCCUGCACACCCCACAGCUGCGCCACAUCCUGAGCUACACGGACCCGUACUUCUUCCGGGAGCGCCUCACCAUGCCCAAGCUGCUCAUCGCCGCCUCCAAUGACGAGUUCUUCUUGAUGGACGACUCGUACUUCUAUUUCAACGACUUACCACCGCCCACGCUGCUUAAAAUCGUGGCCAACGUGGACCACAUGGUCAUUCAGAAGUCAUACUGG